AUGUCGGCAUCUGUGACCAAUCAUACCCACCAUGAUAAGGGGAGCAGCAAGCUGCCAGAGCUCUCGGUUGCCUGUAGUAACUGUCGCAACCGCAAACUGCGCUGCUCUAGGGAGACACCCACAUGUCAACACUGCCGCAAAACUGGUCAGCUAGUAUAUUCAUAUUUCCUCUGUCUUCUACGACAGGAUCACUUCGUACAAUGGAGCGACUGCGUAUACGAACCCAAACGGUCCAAGCCGGGGAUUAAACCUGGGGCUAUUGAAAAUUUACACCGACGGCUAGAUCGCCUGGAAGAUUUUGUUAUCGAUCGACUCGGAGACGAUUCGCCAGGAGAGUCCAACCGACAAACACAGCCGAGUGCAGACGAGUCUAUGGCAGGUUUUGUUCUGCCUGCACUGGCACGGGAACCUCAGAGAUUCAGCGACAAGUCGGUAACCGGCGCCGCUGAUCGCCCAGCUAAACGACAACGGGUGGACAACCUCAUCGGUCCUUCUCAGUCUUCGCUGCCCCAUGUCGAUCGCCGUUUAGUAUUUUCUUUUCUCAAUCCAAACACAAUUGAAGAUGUUUUGCAGACAUACUUCGAGCAAAUACACCCUUGGAUCCCUCUUGUACACGAGACCAGCUUGCGUCGGCGUCUUCUCGACACAAAACACAAAUCAAAGCUUGACGUCUUGGUGCGAGCCAUGAUAUUGGUAUCCGGGAGAUAUAUACAGCGCCAUGACUCCGUAUCCGACAUCUCCCUGGCUAAUCUGACUACAGAGCAGGCCAGGAGUCUGAUUGUUUCAACUGCCAUGGAUUGCUUAAGCGUUGAAAAUCUCCAGGCACUCGUAAUUUGUGUGCUUAAUGAUAUUGGAAACGGGUGGGGGCAAAAGGCGUGGUCCCUAGUCGGAUCACUGACUCGGACUGUCGAAUAUUUGAAACUGACAGUCGAAGACGAGGAGUGCGGAGGCCGUACGUCGAUUUCAAGGCCGUUUAUAUCUAUUCCCUCUCCGGAGAGCUGGGUCGAGGCAGAGGAGCGACGCCGUGUGUUCUGGAACGUGUUCAACAUUGACCGAUUUUGCUCCGUGACAAUGGGCUGGAACACAAGCCUCACCUCAGAUGAUGUGCACCGUCGCCUUCCUUGCGAUGGGGUCUAUUGGAGAAGAGACAACCCCAAUGUUACAGCUUUUUUUGGCAUCUGGGACAAGUCAGCAGGGCGGAUGGGGAACCCCAUCGCCUUUCCUCCGGCCCAUUACGUGUCUCCGCAAGGUACGGGGACCAGUGACGCCCCUGAACCGAGUCCCAACAACGCCAGCGGCUCUGGUUUAUCACCGGAAGAUCCCGGGAUGGAGGCUGUUGGGGCUUUCGCCUACCGCAUCGAAGCAACCGAGUCGCUGAGCCGCGUUACGACUUACUUCCUACAGCAAAAGGUCGACAUGCACCGUCCAGAGAACGUCACCAGCUGGCUUACACGGUUCAAGGAACUCGACCUGCGCCUUGUGCAUUGGAAGAUGCUCCUUCCAAAGAAGUGGAACGCCGCCAACCCUACCUACACUACUGUCGGGCCCCACGACACGGCCUAUCAGAACGGCACACCUAGUAGCAGUGGAGAAGCGACGGGGCUUGAGGGCAAUGCCAAACGCCAAACAGUAGUGAUGGAUCCAAAUCUCACACUGGCACACAUCACCCACAAUGUUUCCAUGAUUCUCUUACAUCAACCUAUCGCGUUUCCACCCCACGACUGGACUUUCCGCAGCCGCCUGCCCAGCAGUUGCUCUGCAGAGACCUGUCAGCAGGCGGCUGUUGAAAUUGCCACUAUCACCGAACAAUACCUUAAAGUGUCUCCGGCAACGUCCCCCGUCUGUCCCCAAUUCUCAUUUUGCGUCUAUGUGGCAGCCCGACUCCUUCUAGCCUACGGGACCUACUACGGCGGAGAGAGCACUGCUCUUUACUCCAAAUCGGAUGUCCAUGAUGGUAGGUUUUGGACGCUAGUGCAAAGUUUAGAUAAGAUGUCGCGUCGAUGGAACGGAAAUGUGCUGGUGCCAGAGACCACGACUUUGACCGAGGAUCUGGCGGCAAAAUACGCCUUGAAACUGAGAGACAUGAACGAUAUGUGCAUGCAGGGCUUGGGCUACAGUAUAAAUGUCUUGGAUUACACGCAAGAUAUCGACCAUUGCAGCAGUAAGACCGACCUUACUGUAGGAGAUCCAGUUCCUGUGUCAACUCAAAAUGGCUCGACUCAACUGCCAUAUCAACACCUGCAGGCACAGCCAGCGCACAACUUUCAAGGUAGUGGAAGGCCCGCGGAGAGCCAGCCAAACGUGGGCCUCAUCAAUGCGGCACCGGCCAUGGCGUUACCUUGGCGUUCAUCCCCAUUACAGCUCCCCAGAAAUCUUAACGACCAUCACCCGACAAUAUACGGGAAAGAAACGUACUCUCCAGGAAAGAACAAGCGCCCUGCGACCUGA